AUGGCGGCCGCAGCGCUGCUCAGGGGUGCGGCUCCAGGGCGCGGCGGCCGGGCCUGGAGCUGGCGGCUGCGCGCUGCCCCGAGGCUUCGCCUGGCCCACAGCUCCUGCUGUCAGGGUGGUGAGCCCGCGGGCAGCGCGGCGUGGACCUGCUUCCUACUGGGCGAGCGCGCCCUGGUGCGCGUGCGCGGGCCGGACUCUGCGCCCUUUCUCCUGGGUCUGCUGACCAAUGAGCUGCCGCUUCCAGGUCCUGCGGCCGGCGAGGCUUCAACUUCGGCGCGCUCGGGCUACGCCCACUUUCUCAACGUCCAGGGACGCACCCUCUAUGACGUCAUUCUCUACGGGCUCCCUGAGGGCUCCCAUGAGCAGCCCACUUUCCUCCUGGAGUGUGACAGCUCAGUGCUGGAUGCGCUGCAGAGGCACCUGGUGCUGCACAAGAUCCGGCGGAGGGUCACCGUGGAGCCAUGCCCCGAGCUGCGCGUGUGGGCCGUGCUGCCCUGUGCCCCUGAGGAGGCCGGCAGGGCUGUGCUGCUUCAGGAGAAGGCCGAGUGCACCACCAUCCUCACCCGUGAUCCCCGGACUGCUCGCAUGGGCUGGCGGCUCCUCUCCCAGGAUGAAGGCUCAGCUCUGGUUCCCGGGGGCCGUCUUGGGGACCUCCAGGAUUAUCACCGACACCGGUACCAGCAAGGCGUUCCCGAGGGGGUCCACGACCUGCCCCCAGGAGUAGCCCUACCGCUGGAGUCUAACCUGGCCUUCAUGAAUGGCAUCAGCUUCACCAAGGGCUGCUACAUUGGCCAGGAGCUGACGGCUCGCACCCACCACAUGGGUGUCAUCCGAAAGCGCCUCUUCCCAAUACAGCUCUCAGGCCCCCUCCCUGUGGGCAGCAUUGCCCCUGGCACCUCUGUGCUCACCAAGUCGGGGCAGGCAGCCGGCAAGUACAGGGCAGGCCUGGGGGACGUGGGUCUGGCUCUGUUGCGGUCCGAGAAAAUCAAGGGUCCUCUCCACAUCAGAACCUCUGAGAGUGGCCUUGUGGCCCUAACUGCAUCUGUGCCAGACUGGUGGCCCACAUCCACUAAGUAGCCCUGGAUGUCCCUGCAGUCCUGUACAGGGCCUCUGUUUAUCUGCUGCACUCUGUAGGCCAGCCCCCACUUCCUAGGGUGGCCCAGUUGAAAGAAUACCCACUUGGAGGGUCCCCAAGUAUAUGUGGGCCUCCCAGAGCUGCAGGCAUGGUGGGGCAUGCUGCUGCAGCCCAGGUGUUCCCAGCCCAUCAUGCUUCCUGUGGAGGGUCCUAUGCUCAGGCUGGCUGUCCUCUCCUGGUGGCUUUGUGGCUGGAGCAUCAGGAGCCCUCCUGAGGACUGAGGGUGGAUAGAAGUGAGUCCUGCGCCUGCCUCUGUGCUGAGCAGAGGCCCAGCUUCCACCAGGCCCUGGAUGAGAUUCCAAACCAUAUAGAUCUAGAGGUAGUUCAUCCAUCAGGCAAGGGCAGGUUGCUCCAGGAUGCCUCUGGGCUGUCCGCACCCCUCUGAGCCUGCUUAGUCAGGCCUGGAAAGGAGGCUUCUCAAUGUCUGGGGUGGCUGAAGGGGCAAGUGGGCUCUGGGAAUGGUCUUACUAUGUUGGCUUGGGGGCAUGUCUCAGGGUGGGAAUCUCCUGGGGCCAGGUGGAGUGGCGGUGUCUGCGAGUGGAGGCACAUGCACUGCUCACACCCACCUGAGCCCUCCCAAGUGUACCUCUGCUCAGGGGUGCCAGCUGGGGGAGCCCCAAUACCAUUUUAUGCCAGGGUAGCACAUCUCCACAGCUUCGGCCCCACGAUGGCAUUGGCAGCCCCCUCUCCCCACCAUAGCCCUCAUGAGCUCAGGGGAGGAGUGGCUGCCCUGGGACGGCAGUGCCCAGGAUGCAGAGAGGAGUUUCUGCUUGGCUUACUUGCUGCUGUUUUCUGAUGUAGUCAUGUCUACACAGUAAGGGGAUGACUUACUUCCCCACUUUAAACCACUGACCUCCAUUUUCCCACUGCAAUGUGAAUCUCAUGAUUACUGGGUGUCCUACCUGAUGCCUCAGAGUGGCUAUUAAAGUGUGACCCACAACUGGCCCAUGUGGAACUCUGGUUUCUUUCUUUUUUCCCCCCUUAACUUUAUUUAUUUAUUUAUUUAUUUUUAAUUUUUAUUGUAGUAUAGUUGAUUUGCAAUGUUGUGUUAGUUUCUGCUGUACAGCAAUCAGUUAUACAUACA